UUGAGUUUUGGGGGUUCAUGAGCAGAUGCGUUAAGCGGGGUUUUAGUGUUGUAGAACCCUACCAGUGUGGGAGUGUGUGGAUCGAAAGUUAACCCUAAAAUUUUUCCGACAACGAAAUGGCAUCGACCGCCGGCGCCGCUGCCAGAUCGAUACUCCGUUCAUGUUCGGGUCGUCGCGCUGCGUUCCGUCUCGGCUCGGAAGCUAAAGCUGGUCGCUCUCGGUUCGGCGUUGCUUCCAAUAAACCUCUCUCCCAAUCAACACUGAGGUUUCCCGUUGAAUUGAGCUUUUGUGUGGAAUCCAUGCUGCCGUACCACAUGGCAACUGCUUCCGCUUUGAUGACUUCAAUGCUCUCUGUGUCUCGUCGCAGCUACGGUUGGCUUCCUGAAGGUAGCUAAACAUCUGUAGGAUUCCUUGUGUUCUUUCUUCAAUUUAAUUUACGGGCCAAGAGAAGACUAUUUGAAGAUCAAGAAGCAGGGUUGGGAUGACAUGGAUCUCUUUUGAUGUUGGGCUUUAAACAAAAAAAAAUCUUAUUAGGAAGAACUGCUAGAUUUCUGUCCCAAAAAAAAAACAUGUUGCCCUUGGAUUCUUUAAAGUUGACAUGAUGAAUGUCAUGAAGCUGGAUUUUUAGUUUACUGUGUUCUAGAAAAUAAUAUUUGUCUCCUGUUUGUGAA